ACAAUGCUCUGGAUCAUCAGUUGCCUUGCUCUUGUGGCAUCCACACUGGGUUGUGGAGUGCCCACUACUAAGCCUCAGAUCAGUGGCUACAACAGAAUUGUAAAUGGAGAGAAUGCAGUUUCUGGAUCCUGGCCAUGGCAGGUUUCACUCCAGGACACUACUGGCUUCCAUUUCUGUGGAGGAUCUCUCCUCAACCAGUACUGGGUCGUCACUGCUGCCCAUUGCCGUGUGACACCUUCACGUCACCUCGUAGUAAUUGGAGAGCAUGAUCGCGCAUCCAACGCUGAGCCCCUUCAGGUUAAAAAUAUUGCCAAGGCCAUCACCCAUCCUUACUAUAAUAGCCAAAACUUCAACAAUGAUGUCACCCUGCUAAAGCUGUCCUCUCCAGCUCAGAUGACCAAUCGUGUGUCCCCUGUGUGCUUAGCUAGCACCAAUGUUGCUGCUGGUACACGCUGUGUGACCACUGGCUGGGGCAAAACUGCAUAUACAUCAAGCCCCUAUAUCCUGCAGCAGACUGCCCUGCCCAUACUGAGCCAGGCUCAGUGCAUGCAGUACUGGGGCCAGAAUAGGAUCACAGAUGCUAUGAUCUGUGCUGGAGCCUCUGGAGUGUCAUCUUGCCAGGGUGACUCAGGUGGCCCACUGGUCUGUGAAAGUGCUGGCGUCUGGUAUCAAGUUGGUAUUGUGUCUUGGGGAACAAGCAACUGCAAUGUGCGCACUCCUGCUGUCUAUGCUCGCGUCUCUUAUCUGCGUGGCUGGAUUGACCAGACAGUUGCAAUGAACUGAACACCAGCAGCUCCUCAGACGACCAGGAGAACCAAUAUUUCUAAUGUCUUGUUUUCCUGUGUAUGUGUCUGUUAACAGCUGAGGUUUUUCAGCUGGUCAUGUACUGGAAAUUUGUACAAGCAAAUUUUCAAAAAAAAAAAAAAAUCCAUAAAAUGUUUUGUUGUGAUUAAGACACCUAUUGUAAAUGGUUGGAAUCAGUUUGCUACAAAAGUAAACAUUUUGAAAUAUUUUGUUCAAUAAUAAAACAU